AGAAAGAAAGAAAGAGAGAGAAAGAGAGAGGGAAAGAAUGAGGAGAGAAAGAGAGAGACCUCGUUUGUCUAAAUGAACAGCAGUAGGUUUCGAGUCUCAGGGUAUGAUGUAUAUUUCAGGAUUUCAAUAGGGGGAUCUUGUCCUUACGGAAGUGCUAAUCAACAAAAAGCAGUAGUUCUCUGAGAAUACCUGCGCAUUAAGUUCGGGUAUUACACUAUAUAAAUAUAUAUACAGACAGAUACACAUUUUGGAAUGUUACCUUAAGCAGAUACCGAUGCCCGAUCUUCUGUGACCAGUUUCAAUUGAAAAUGCUCACCUAUUGAGGUUAUGGUAUCCUGUUAACAGAUGGAGAGUAAAAAACCUAAAGAAUCACUAUUGGAUUGUGGGUAGUCUGCUAGGUUAAACCAUGUCAUCCUCAUCACCUCCUCAACCACUGCCAUCCUCACCUUCAUCACCGUCCAAUCUUCAGACCACUAAUCAAUUAUCAGCUGUUGCCAAUGAUCAUUGCUUCCAAUUGGUGACUGAAUUCCCCUCAAAUAUACCGCUUAUGCAGGGUAACAGACACACAACCUCACAGACUUUUCCCGACAAUGCAUCCAACAGUACUAGCACCAACAACAACAACAUUAGCCUCACCUCAAACAUCUUCCCAAUUCCUUUGACCACAUCAGCUGGACUGGCUUACGCAUUGACUGAAAACAAUAAAAUUGGGAUACAACGCCUCCUUAAGCCCAAAAACCCUUCGGAUAAAGAUGCAAAAAACAACAACACGAGUAACAGCAAUAACAACAACAAUAAUAAUAAUAAUAAUAAUAAUGUCAUUUCAGGUAGCAUUAACAAUGUGAAUACUCAGAAACAGGAUCCCCAUUCACAGGGUCACAGACUUUUGGUAGAUUCUAACACAGUGGCAGCAGUGGUAGCAGCUGCUGCCAACAUAAACCAAGUCCAAAAUCUAAAUGGAUCUCAGUUUCAGAAAUUCAGUUUCAGCCCCGGUCGGCUUCUGAAGGAUCAGUCUCAACAACAACAACAACAACAACAACAACAACAACAGAUCCAAGGGGAGAUAACUAUGCCACACCAGGAAGACAAAUCACCCUCAUCGUCGUCAUCAACGUCAUCGUCAUCUACAUUGCCCAUCACAUUUGCUCCCGAUCAAUCUCAGCAGCAGGCUAGCACGGCUUCAGUGGCUGCGUCCUCCUCAGCUAACGUCGUCACAUCAGCGGCAGCAGCAGCAGUUGCCGUUCAACCUGUGAGCUCUCAAAACAGUAAUUCUAUUCAAUCUAUUCAAUACCAGUCCGCUACUGCUGCUGCUGCUGCUGCUGCUAAUACAAACCAAGGUGCAACAAAUGACACAAUGCUAAGCGCUACCAUAAACUAUAAUGACAAUGAAAUGCUGUCAGAUGGCACUUUUGAUGUGUCUGUGAGAAACAAUCUGACUCUUGAUGAAGGAAUACUUGGGAAUAUUGGUCCUGCUGGGAAUAUUAGGUUGGCUGAAAAUCCAAAUUCCUCAACGAACUUUGACCUUUUUGAUGGUGAAGGCAAUGUGAACGAUUCUUACAAUAUAGAAGCAUUGUCUCCACACGUUUCCCUUCAGGAAACCCAUGGGAAUUUUGGCACAAAUAUCAGUGAAACUAACGAAAGUGUAACUGCUGAAUCGGAUACUGUUGGAAGUUCAGGUGGGAAUCGCGUUCCUGCUGAAUCUGCAUCUCUCCGUGGUGCUGGAGCUACUACCGCAGCUAGGGGUAAGAUUCGGAUGCCCAAAGGGCAAACCGUUAUAUCUCGCCAAGCUGUUCAGUGUCAAGUUUGUGCCAAAACCCUCAACAACCCCAGUGCCUUGGCAAAACACAAGCUCACCCACAGUGAUGAAAGGAAAUAUGUCUGCCAUAUAUGUUCAAAAGCUUUUAAAAGACAAGAUCAUUUAAACGGACAUUUGGUUACUCAUCGUGCUAAAAAACCUUAUGCAUGUCAUUUUGAAGGGUGUGAUAAAAGUUACUGUGAUAAUCGGUCAUUACGGCGCCAUCUAGAAAACCAUCACAACAAACAGAAUCACGAUGUUAACAACAGCAGCAGCAGUGCAGCAGCUGCGAAUCCUGCAAGUGCUCCUGCAGUUGCCAGCGGAAAUGCAGGUUCGGGUAUUGCCAGCGCAAGUACGGCCUCAAGUUCAGUCUCGACCCAGAGCACAAGUAAUGUCCCAGUAUCUUCAAUAGCCAAUCAGUCUAUGGAUUUUCAAGGAAACAACAGAGGAAGUGAUAUUUUUAAUGAUAAUACCAACAGCACAAGUCGUAUCCAUUACGCUCCCCACCAUACAACCCAUCAGUAACUCCCGAGGACAGUCAACCAUGUGUGAGCACACAACCACAGUAUUUCCAGUUUGACACCACUGUCCAGCAAGUGCAGCAGUUGCAGCAACAGCAGCAACAGCAGCAGCAGCGUUUGCAGUCACAACAGAAACAACAACAACAACAACAACAGCAGCAAAAGCAACAAGCAGCACCACAACAACAACAACAGCAGCAGC